AUGCUCACGUCCGAGCUGCUCGACCUCAAGACCGAGCUCCAGUGCACGUUAACGCGCUUAAGUAACGCGCUCACCACGUCUGAAAUCAACGUGGACCCUCGGCAUCCGUCACGCACAGCAGCAAUUACAGCAGCAGCAGAAGAGCGUCCACGACGUGGGCGUCAGACGAAGCGGUCAACGCGAUGGGAUCGACUGCACGAGUUGAGACGAAAAGUAACUGCAGCGUCGAUCGAACGUCGAGCGCUGGAGCUGCAGUUGCAACUUCAGCGACAGACUCCGGACUUGAUGCAGGAGUUACUUCAGGACCGACGGCGGUGUGCGGGGCAAAGGGCGAUCGCGCAGCUGCAGGAGCAGCAGGCGCAGAUUCGACGGGAGCUUGAACGUGACAAGGAAGAAAGGGGAGUGGACGAGAGACGAGAGACGGAAGGCAGUGGAGGCUGUGACGGGUCCAGUGGGAGGGAGACGCAGAUGAGGUAUUCUAUUGGUGGAGUCGUGACGCUCGAGCCAUUGAGUUCUUUGGAGCAGGAGAAGCAGAAGAAAGAGAAGAACAAGAAGAAGGAGAGGUGGCAGCAACUGCCUCGACGAGGGGUUACAGUGGCGUGUUUACAACCGAAGGCGUCGCGUUGUCCAGCUGUCGAUGAGGAGGAAGAGGUGAAGGAGGACGGUCGUGGUCGUUCUUCUGCUGCUGCUGCUGCUUAUGAAAGAGAUAUGCAUGCUCGUUGGAGAGCACACUAUCCAAAGCCGCCAGACGCGUUGACUGACGUUUUCAAGCUGCAGUUAAAGUUUGCCGAGACGAUGCUGAAGCUGGAGAAAUCCGUGCGGAUGCGUGAUCAGUUGCUCCAGGAUAGCUGGACGACGAGUAUGCAGAAAAGCAGGACCGGCACGAAAAAGAAAGGAAAGGCGGGGCAAGCCCGUCAUUGUUGCAGACAGGCGGUACGGUCUGGUGAGAGUGAAGUUAGUAGUGACGCAUCGGUCAGCUCACCUUCGUCUUCGUUUUCCUCUCUGGAGUCGACGCCUGACUGUAGUCAAACUAUACGGAUACAGUAUCCGAAGUUUCGAGUUUCAAAGGCGACUACGGAUGAGACGCUUGUACCGACUUCAUUCGAUGCAGACAACUCACCUAGUGGGGAGCUGACCGGUUUGGCAUCGAUAUCAUCAAUCGCUACGUCAUCUCAUGGUUCUAUCGAGGAAAUGCAAAAUGUUGAUGCCGCACGUGGACAAUUUGACGGACAGGAAGCAGAAGCUUACGAAACUCCUACGACAGGGAGCAGUGGAACGACUCCGACCACUGGGAGUGACCAGAAGGAUACAUCUUCAGUGUCAAAGCAGGUUCGCUUCGGCGAAGAUGCGUACUCUACCCCGGUGCUUGCUCGUAAGUUUAACUUCGAUGGACCGUCUAUCGAUGACGAUGACGAUGAAGAGAAGGAGCAGAAGGAAGAGAGUGAGAGCAUCUUCAGUUUUCUGGGGGGAUCUAGCGUUAGCAGCACGGAGCUGAAUGAUGUAUCCCUUUUGCGGGCCUUCGAGCGCUUCCGUCGCGAGCUUAAUGCGUCUGAGUUGACCAAGCCUCCUGUCGACCCUCCGCUUGUGCGAAAACUGUUUUCAGAACCCAGUGUGGCAGAGGCCGGGUGUGAACCGGUAAACAUCAAAUGGCCUGAUGCAGAAGGGGUCCAGGAUAGUGGUGUUGAAUUGAUUGCUGAAGCUGAUGACAGCAUUGUAACAAUAUCAGCACUCGCGGGUUUAAGUAUCGCAGAGUUGCAGGAACGACGCAGGCAACUUUGCUUGGACAUCCAGGCCGCGAGUGCUCAACUUGUCCUAAACUCUGGCAGGGUGCUAGACGUGACUGGAUCAAGGGAGGUAAAUCAGACCCAGAACCACUUGGUAUCGAUGAGAGGUGAACUCAAGCUGAUCGAUACACGAUUGAGAGCUUCGUCAUGUAAUCCAGUUCUGCCUUGA